AUGACAAAGGUGGAAAGGGAUGCCACCAUUGAUAAUGUUAAAAAGAAAAUUAAUUCACUCAGAGCUGGAUACCGUAAAGAAUUCAGAAAAGUGCGAGAUAGCAUGAGGACGGGGUCAGGAACAGACCAGGUGAACAAUAAUAAGAAUGAUACUGAGAUAACCAACCACAACCUGUCUAACCCUGCGACACCUUCAACAUCAAAUGCAUCAUCUACACGUCGUACACGACAAGCCAAUGAAGAAAUUGCAAAAACAAUAUCGUUGAUAGGUGAAAAAUUAGAAAAGCCUGAAGAUGAAUACGAUGCUAUUGGAAAAAAUAUCGCAGCUAAACUUCGUAAUAUGACUCCUACUCAACAAGGCAUAGCUGAAAAAUAA